GUACCCCGGAAGGCAGCAGCGGAGAAGCCAGGCCGGGCAGCAGAGCGGGAGGCCCGGGCCCUGCUGGAGAAGAGCCGGUCGUACAGGCUGCUGGAGGACAGCGAGGACAGCAGCGAGGAGACGGCGGCGAGGGCUGGGAGCAGCCUGCGCAAGAAGCGGAGGAAGCGCAAGCACCUCAGGAGGAAGCGCCAGGAGGACGAGGACGAGGACCAGGACGAGGAGGAGGCUUCUGAGGGCCGGAGGAAGACAGCGGCGAGCAGGCAGCCGGCCGAGAAGACGCCCGAGUCGGAGGACGAGUGGGAGCGGACGGAGCGGGAGCGGCUCCAGGACCUGGAGGAGCGGGACGCCUUCGCCGAGCGGGUCCGGCAGCGGGACAAGGACAGGACGCGCAAUGUCCUGGAGCGCUCGGAUAAGAAGGCUUAUGAGGAGGCGCAGAAGCGUCUCAAGAUGGCGGAAGAAGACCGGAAAGCCAUGGUCCCCGAGCUGCGGAAGAAGUCUCGCCGUGAGUACCUGGCGAAGCGGGAGCGUGAGAAGCUGGAGGACCUGGAGGCCGAGCUGGCGGACGAGGAGUUCCUCUUCGGUGACGUGGAGCUGAGCCGCCACGAGCGCCGCGAGCUCAGGUACAAGCGGCGGGUGCGAGACCUGGCCCGGGAGUACCGCGCAGCCGGGGAGCAGGAGAAGCUGGAGGCCACCAACCGGUACCACAUGCCCAAGGAGACGCGCGGACAGCCAGCCCGCACUGUGGACCUGGUGGAGGAGGAGUCUGGUGCCCCCGGCGAGGAGCAGCGCCGCUGGGAGGAGGCACGCCUGGGCGCAGCAGCUCUGAAGUUCGGGGCCCGCGACGCGGCCUCGCAGGAGCCGCAGUACCAGCUGGUGCUGGAGGAGGAGGAGACCAUCGAGUUCGUGCGCGCCACCCAGCUCCAGGGCGACGAGGAGCCGGCAGCCCCGGCCGCCUCGGCGCAGGCGCAGCAGAAGGAGUGCAUCCAGGCCGUGCGCCGCAGCCUCCCCGUGUUCCCCUUCCGGGAGGAACUGCUGGCCGCCGUGGCGAAUCACCAGGUCCUCAUCAUCGAGGGCGAGACCGGCUCGGGGAAGACCACGCAGAUCCCGCAGUACCUCUUCGAGGAGGGUUACACCCAGAAGGGUAUGAAGAUCGCCUGCACCCAGCCCCGCAGGGUGGCCGCCAUGAGUGUGGCUGCGCGCGUAGCUCGGGAGAUGGGUGUGAAGCUGGGGAAUGAGGUCGGCUACAGCAUCCGCUUCGAGGACUGCACGUCGGAGCGGACGGUCCUGCGCUACAUGACGGACGGCAUGCUGCUCCGCGAGUUCCUCUCCGAGCCCGACCUCGCCAGUUACAGUGUCGUGAUGGUGGACGAGGCACACGAGCGGACCCUGCACACAGACGUUCUCUUCGGGUUAAUCAAGGACGUUGCUCGCUUCCGGCCCGAGCUCAAGGUCCUGGUCGCGUCAGCCACACUGGACACUGCCCGAUUCUCCACCUUCUUUGAUGACGCCCCGGUCUUCCGAAUCCCCGGCCGCAGGUUUCCCGUGGACAUCUUCUAUACCAAGGCGCCCGAGGCUGACUACCUGGAGGCCUGUGUGGUGUCCGUGCUGCAGAUCCACGUGACUCAGCCCCCCGGGGACAUCCUGGUGUUCCUGACAGGACAGGAAGAGAUUGAGGCCGCCUGUGAGAUGCUCCAGGACCGCUGCCGCCGCCUGGGCUCCAAGAUCCGUGAGCUCCUGGUGCUGCCCAUCUAUGCCAACCUUCCGUCGGACAUGCAGGCCCGCAUCUUCCAGCCCACACCGCCCGGGGCCCGCAAGGUGGUUGUGGCAACAAACAUUGCUGAGACCUCGCUCACCAUCGAGGGCAUCAUUUAUGUGCUGGACCCAGGGUUCUGCAAGCAGAAGAGCUACAACCCGCGCACGGGCAUGGAGUCGCUCACGGUCACGCCCUGCAGCAAGGCCUCUGCCAACCAGCGGGCGGGCCGGGCGGGCCGGGUGGCGGCCGGGAAGUGCUUCCGCCUGUACACGGCCUGGGCCUAUCAGCACGAGCUGGAGGAGACCACGGUGCCCGAGAUCCAGAGGACCAGCCUGGGCAACGUUGUGCUGCUGCUCAAGAGCCUAGGGAUCCAUGACCUCAUGCACUUCGAUUUCCUGGACCCCCCGCCGUACGAGACCCUGCUGCUGGCUCUGGAGCAGCUGUACGCCCUGGGAGCCCUCAACCACCUCGGGGAGCUCACCACGUCUGGGCGGAAGAUGGCGGAGCUGCCGGUGGACCCCAUGCUGUCUAAGAUGAUCUUGGCCUCAGAGAAGUACAGCUGCUCAGAGGAGAUCCUGACGGUGGCUGCCAUGCUUUCUGUCAACAACUCCAUCUUCUACCGGCCCAAGGACAAGGUUGUCCACGCCGACAAUGCCCGUGUGAACUUCUUCCUCCCCGGCGGAGACCACCUGGUUCUGCUGAACGUGUACACGCAGUGGGCGGAGAGCGGCUACUCCUCCCAGUGGUGCUACGAGAACUUCGUGCAGUUCCGCUCCAUGCGUCGAGCCCGGGACGUCCGGGAACAGCUGGAGGGGCUCCUGGAGCGCGUGGAGGUGGGGCUCAGCUCCUGCCAGGGGGACUACGUGCGCGUGCGCAAGGCCAUCACCGCCGGCUACUUCUACCACACGGCACGGCUGACGCGCAGCGGGUACCGCACGGUCAAGCAGCAGCAGACGGUGUUCAUUCACCCCAACUCCUCCCUCUUUGAGCAGCAGCCGCGGUGGCUGCUCUACCAUGAACUCGUCCUGACCACGAAGGAGUUCAUGCGACAGGUGCUGGAGAUCGAGAGCACCUGGCUUCUGGAAGUGGCUCCCCACUAUUACAAGGCCAAGGAGCUAGAAGAUCCCCACGCUAAGAAAAUGCCCAAAAAGAUAGGCAAGACGCGAGAAGAGCUGGGAUAGAGAAGGGGCAUGAAUGGGACCCAACAGCAGCUCGUUUUCUUUCUGUACCUUACUUUAAUAUCUAUUUAAUAAAAUUAUUUUUGAAAUA